AUGGAUAGAUAUUCCUACAAGCCAACGACGUCGUAUUAUUGGUCGUUUCUGUAGCCUCCAAUUGAACAAGGGGGAACUCGAAACAAGCACCGUAAAACCUCAAUCUUUUUGCUCUUCCCGUGUUCCUUGUGUUUUCUUCAUCACUCGUUUCUCUCUGAUGGAAACAUUGGAUGCAAACAUCGCAACAGGAAAUCCUAACAGCGGUUCGGUUGAAAUGGAGGGUUUGAAGCAUCGUGUUGACGAGCUUAUGUCAAAAGUUGAUAAGCUUGAGCAGAAAGUGUAUGAUAUAGAUAAUUUUUACUCGAGCGCGAAUAAAAAGCAAAUAAUCGUGCCUAAAGGUAACUCAGCUACAAAGGGUAAAGAUAAGGAAAAGCAUAUACCAAGUAUUAAGAAGCAACAGCAGGAAGCAUCACGUAGAGAAGCGGCUGCUGCAAAAAGAAUGCAAGAUCUUAUACGCCAGUUUGGCUCAAUAUUACGCCAAAUCACACAACACAAGUGGGCUUGGCCUUUUAUGCAACCUGUGGAUGUAGAGGGCCUUGGCUUACAUGAUUAUUAUGAGAUCAUUGACAAGCCCAUGGAUUUCAGUACCAUUAAGAACCAAAUGGAGGCUAAGGAUGGUACUGGGUAUAAGCAUGUGCGGGAAAUAAGUUCUGAUGUACGGUUGGUUUUUAAGAAUGCUAUGAAAUAUAAUGAUGAAAAAAGUGAUGUUCAUGUGAUGGCAAAAACUUUGCUGGAUAAAUUUGAGGAGAAAUGGUUGCAACUUUUGCCUAAAGUUACUGAAGAGGAAAAAAGGCGAGAAGAGGAAGAAGCUGAAGUACAAUUAGCCAUGCAAGUUGCUCAAGAAGCAGCUCAUGCUAAAAUGACUAGAGACUUGAGUACUGAGCUGAAUGAAGCUGAUGUGCAUUUAGAAGAGCUACGAGAGAUGGUUGUUAAACAUUGCAGAAAAAUGACAACUGAAGAAAAAAGAAAGCUUGGAGCUGCGCUCACUAGAUUGUCUCCCGAAGAUCUAAGCAAAGCAUUGGAAAUUGUUGCCCAAAAUAAUCCAAGUUUCCAAGCAACUGCUGAAGAGGUGGAUCUUGACAUGGAUGCUCAGAGCGAGUCCACCUUGUGGAGAUUGAAGUUUUUUGUUAAAGAUGCCUUAGAAGUUCAGGGCAAGAAUUCAGGAGGCGGCGGUGGCAAUGAAAAUCAGAGCAACAACAAACGUAAACGAGAGUUUUGUGAUGCUAUCGCCAAAACUUCAAAGAAGAAGUGCAAGAAGCCGACUUAAAGAUCAUUUGGAGAUAAUCAUGUUGCUUUUAGGUAAUUUCAGGCAUCAAGUUUGAAGGAAUUUUCUUGGAAAGUGGCACAAGUUUAUAUUACUUUCAUAGCUCUUAUGCCGACCAUAGCCUUCUCCAUCGACACCGUUUUGCUCGAUGUAUGUAAGCAGAGUUUUGGAGGCGUUUAUUUUUUUUGUCCUUUGUUUCCACCUGAUCCAUUUGUAGGUGUUUUGCCACUGAUAGAUGGAACCAUGUACUCAUCAUUUUGCAAUGGUUAAAAUCAUAGAUGUUUCUCUUCGAUUAUGCUAAUUUGUUGUUAAGAACAAUGGCUAUGUUAUGGGAAUCCUGUAUAUCUUCAAAUAAUUUAGUUUCAGUU